GAUAAUAUUCGAAGUACGUCUGGUCUGUCCAAGUUCCGGUCCGGUCAUGUCUUCGGAAAUUUUGUUUGUGAUCGAGGGUACCGCGAUCAAUGGGGCCUACAUCAAUGAUAUGAAGAGCAACUACAUCGUGCCGACGCUGGAGUAUUUUUCCCAAAGUACGGUCACGGACGAACGGAACGAUAGCUAUUCGACCGAUAAAAACGGCAAUCAGUACGGUAUUGUAGUGUACAAGACGGCUCAAAGUCUGCCCGGAGUUUGCUGUACCACCUUUGGUCCGUACAACAGUGCCCACAAAGUGCUGGGAGCAAUCGAACGACUGGAAAUGAGCGGGGGUAAAAGUGAAUCGAAUGCCAAUUUGGCGGAAGGACUGGCCACGGCUUUGGUUUGUUUCGACGAUUUCGACGAGCUGCGAGACGCGUCACCCGGUGGCAAUGGAAUGAAAGUGCACAAGUAUUGCAUUCUCAUUGCGGCCAGCUCGCCCUAUUCGAUGUACGUGACCGAGUGUUACGCGUAUGAGAACAAAAAUGUGGAACAGUUGGUGGCUCUGUUUCAGGAAAAAAAUAUUAACUUGUCCAUCAUUUCGCCGAGAAAGAUACCGAUUUUGUUUCAAUUGUUUGAAAAAUCCGGAGGGGAUUUGAGCUCUUCCAGCACGAAAAACUACUGUAAAGAUCCACGGCAUUUAGUGCUUUUGAAGGGGUUCAGUCUUAAAGAGCGUCCGGUUAGUCCGCCGGUUAACAAUCUUCAUCAUUCUCAGCAGCAACCCGGCAGUAUGCCUAGCCCUAACCCGAAUCAACAACAGCAGCAGCAGCAGCAACAACAACAACAGCAACAGCAGCAGCAACAACAACAGCAGCAGCAAGUUGCUCAAAAUAUUAUGGAUAAUACUAAUCAUAUGAAUAGUAUGGUUAAUAAUCCGGCUAUGCGAGGAGCACUGACGCAGCAGCAGCAAGUGGCAAUGCAACAACAAUUGCAACAGCAGCAGCAGCAACAACAACAACAGCAGCAGCAACAGCAAUGUCGCAUGAAUUUCCCACAGGGUCACAUGAAUAAUCAAAUGUUUGUCAAUCAAAUGCCCAAUCAACAGCAAAACCUCAACACCAUGAACUAUCAGCAACAAUUGCAACAGCAACAGCAGCAACAACAACAACAACAACAACAGCAGCAACAAUUACCCCAACAGCAGCAACAGCAGAUGCGCUGGAUGGCACCUCCACAAGCGCAAGGUCGAAACUUCAUGCAACCGGGCGGUAUGAACGGCAAUCCUGGUCAGCAGCAACAGCCCCAGCAGCAGCAAAAUCAAAUGGUCAGUAACAAUGCUCAGCAGACCAAUUCGGUACUGAUUUCACAACUAACCACUCCACCCCACACAAUGACUGCCCAGCAGCAACAGAUGAAUCAAAUGAAUAAUCCUCAGUUGCGCAUGCAAUUUGUUAACAAUUGUGUCCAACAGCAGCAGCUGCAACAACAACAACAACAACAACAACAGCAGGGUCAACCGAACCCACAACAGAAUAUGAUGCAGCAACAGUUACUGGCACAACAGCAGGCCAAUAUGCAAAACCAGAGCAUGCAGAAUCCAAUGGGCAUCCCCGGAGGACAAAUGGGUCAACUCGGCGGUGUCAAUCAGCAGCAACAACAACAACUGCAGCAACAGCAGGGUGGAAUGCCAAACCAGGUGGGUCAGAUGGGAGGUCCCGGCGUAUCACAACAACAACAACAACAACAACAACAACAACAGCAACAGCAGCAGCAAAUGGUUCCCGGUCCCAGUCAGCAGCUAGUACAACCUGGCCAACUGCCUCGUGAACGAAUUUGGAGCGGCCAACUGGAAUGGUAUGAAAAACCGAACAAAAACGAUGCGGCCAAGCUAACCCGCCAGCUGCCCUGCUCGGUUACGGCAAACAUUCGCGACGGGGAACCGGAAAUCAAAGCGGACAACUGGCCUCCCCGGCUUUUGAUGCAACUGAUGCCGAAAGCCCUGGUGGGCAGUGCCGGUGGACAGUACAUCAAGGAGUCUCGAACGGUCGUGUUUAUGCCGCAACAGUGCGAGGCUUUGGAUGCCCUGUCGAAAGUUAUGGGUUCUGGCUUUGCGGGAUGUGUUCACUUCACGUCAUCACCUCACUGUGACAUCAAGGUUCUGAUUCUGCUGUACACGGCGGAAAAGAAGGCCUACCUUGGGUUUAUUCCCAACAACCAAGGGGCGUUCGUGGAUCGGCUGAAAAAGGUAAUCAUGCAAAAUAAAAGUAUACAAGCUACCAACCAGCAGCAAGGCGGUCCUUCCGGCAUGGGGAUGCAGGGAUCCCAGAGUGGAAUGAAUCCUCAGCAACAGCAGCAGCAGGUUCAACAGCAACAACAGCAACAACAGCAGCAGCAGCAGCAGCAACAGCAAGCCAAUCAGCAAAUGAUGGGCGGUCCAAUGGGCCCCAAUCCGGGGCAAAUGGUGCCAGGUCCGGGUCAAAUGGCACCUGGCGGUGGUAUGCAGCAGGGUCCCAGAAUGGGUGGAAUGGUUAAUAUGCAGCAGGAUCAGUUCGGCAACUACGGUCAGAUGGGCAAUCAACAGAUGCAGGACCCCGGAAUGCAAAUGUCCCAACAGGAGCAGUACAAAAUGCUGCUGCAACAGCAACAGCAACAGCAACAACAGCAACAGCAGCAGCAGCAGCAACAACAGCAACGCAAUAUGGGCGGACCGAUGGGAAAUAUGGCUAUGAACGUGGGACUGCAGAACCAGCGCAUGAUGCGACCGGUACUGUCGAACAAUCCCGGCUUGCGGCAUCUGCUGCAGCAGCAGCCGAACCCGCAGUUCCGCCAGCAGAUGGGCAUCGGAAAUCCGAACGCGAUGGCCCAGAUGGGCGGCCAGCGGCCCAAUCUGAACCCGAACCCCAACCAGGCACCGUUCGACGAUGCAAAUUUUGACUUUAUGUAAGCGGACGGAGUCCGGGGGGGCUCGCCGGUAAGUCGUUCCAUGUUUGUCUGUCAUCUGUGUUUUUCUUUUAUCCUCUAUGUACCGGUUUAUUUAUAACGCGUAUUCUGAAAUUAUGUGGAAAAGUGUUUAAUGUAUAACCUAUUCCGCCUAGCUUUUACUCCUAAAGAAAAUGGCAGGCGAGCGAUUUUUGCAAAUCUUUAUCAAAUACAGGAC